AUGCCAAAAGCCAACAGAUCUGGGAACGGGAAUAGACUCUUUAAUGAUCUUAGAAAUAGAGUCAGGAAGUGUGUUGAAAAAUAUGAAGCAGAAGGACGCAAAGGUGAAGAUUUGUAUGAUUAUUGUUUAGCAACCGACAAAUCGCUGCUGAGAAAGAAAAAGCAUGCAAUUGAAGAAGCUUUGAAUUCUGUUCUUGAGUCGAAAUCUCAACAAGCUGGUGAAGCAAGUUCAUCCGACGAAGACGCUGUCGCAGAAUAUGCUCUGGUGAGUCGCAAGCUCCAACAUACAUGGAUAUCACAAUACAUUCCGCCCAGCUCAAUAACUAAUAUUGCUUCAUCAUCAUUUAAGCCUACACAAGAAACUAUUUCUUUGAAUAAAUCAGUAACAAAUCUCUGGAACCUGAACAAGACACCAGCAUCAAGUUGUGCUGCCUCACCAUCAGUGUCUGGAACAAGCACACCUGUUGCUCCAUCAACGCCAGCAGUUGAAACCCUCGAUGACACUGUUGUUAAUCAAAAGAAAAGACCGAAGACUAGUAGAGACGGCAAUGUGUCAUCAAAGCGCAAUAAGAGUAAUCAUGGCACCAGUAGCAAAGAGUUACCUUUCAUUCCAACUGCAAAAUUGACCGAUUUAGGCGGUAUUGAUCAGUGCAUUGAGGAAAUUAUGGAACUUAUUGCUAUGCCAUUAGCACACCCAGAAGUCUACCUUCACACUGGCGUGCAACCUCCCAGAGGUGUUUUACUGCAUGGCCCUCCUGGCUGUGGUAAGACAAAACUAGCUCAUGCUAUUGCAGGUGAAUUAGGUGUACCAUUCUUCAAUAUUUCUGCCCCAUCUAUAGUCUCGGGCAUGUCUGGAGAAUCUGAAAAGAAAAUUCGUGAAGUAUUUGAGGAAGCUAGUGAAAAUGCGCCCUGUUUGCUCUUUAUUGAUGAAAUUGAUGCUAUCACACCAAAGAGAGAAACUGCUCAACGAGAAAUGGAACGCAGAAUUGUAGCCCAAUUGCUCACUUGCAUGGAUGAUUUGUCAUGGGAGAAGCUGAAUAAUAAACCAGUUAUGAUAAUCGGUGCAACUAACCGACCUGAUUCAUUAGAUCCAGCACUUCGACGAGCUGGAAGAUUUGAUAGAGAAAUCAGUAUGGGUGUGCCUGAUGAGAAAGCUAGAGAGAAAAUAUUAUCAGUGUUGGCAGCUAAACUGAGACUUUCUGGCAAUUUUGAUUUUGCUGAGCUAGCUAGAGCUACUCCUGGUUACGUAGGUGCUGAUCUUCAAGCUUUAAUCACUACAGCUGGUGUGAUCGCUGUGAAGCGUAUAUUUAAACAUUUACAAGAAGUUGUUUUUAAAGAGCAAGCCCCACAGUCAACAGAUGUUGCAGGAGAAAUGAAGGAUAACAUAAAUCAGCAUCAAACAUUUUUGGAUACGGAUGUAACAAUGGAAGACCAAAAUGAACCACAGGUAGAGCAACCGGUCCCAACUACAUCCGUUGAAGAAUUUGAAUCGCAAUCUGCAGUUGAGCAAAUUCGUAGUAUAUCCGAGCUUAUUAAACAUAGGCAACCAUUGUCUGAAGCUCAGUUGGAGUCUCUCUCUAUUACACACGAAGAUUUUGAACAUGCCCUAAAAAAAGUACAACCCUCAUCUAAGCGUGAAGGUUUUGCAACGGUGCCGGAUGUUUCUUGGGAUGAUAUUGGUGCUCUACAGUAUGUUCGCGACGAACUUCGUAUGGCUGUUGUUGAACCUAUAAACCAUCCAGAUUUCUUUGAGCGUGUCGGUAUCACUAAUCCCGCAGGUGUUUUGUUAUGGGGCCCUCCUGGCUGUGGCAAGACUCUGUUAGCCAAAGCUGUUGCCAAUGAAAGCAAUACAAAUUUUAUAUCUGUUAAGGGCCCCGAACUGUUAAACAAAUAUGUUGGUGAAAGUGAAAGAGGUGUUCGUCAAGUUUUCGCUCGGGCUCGUGCUUCAGCUCCUUGUGUUAUUUUCUUUGAUGAAUUAGAUGCUCUUUGUUCAAGACGUGAUGAUCAGCAAACUGACGCAUCCGCACGUGUUGUUAAUACAUUGUUGACAGAGUUGGAUGGUGUUGAGAACAGAAGUCAAGUAUAUGUUAUAGCUGCAACCAAUCGACCAGAUAUGAUUGAUCCUGCAAUGUUGCGACCUGGCCGUUUGGACAAGUUGCUUUAUGUUGAACUACCCUCGCCGGCCGAGCGGUUGGAUAUUUUGACAAAAUUAAGUAAAAAGACACCAUUAUCGGAUGAUGUUUCUUUGGCUGAUAUUGCGAAUGACAGUCGCUGUGAAGGCUUUUCAGGUGCUGAUCUUGCCUCUCUUGUUAGAGAGAGUGCAGUUGCUGCCUUGAGAACUCGAUUUUUCACCUCUGGUGUUGUGAACAUGGAAGCUGCCACCAAUACAGACGCAAUUUUUGUAACUAAGAAAGAUUUUGAUACUGCCUUUACAAAAGUGUCACCUUCGGUUUUACCACAAGACAAGGCAGCGUUUGACAGACUUCGCAAAAAGUUUGGAUAG